CGACUCGUCUCUCACCCACCCUCCUUCCUUGCUUACCAUGUGGCCAUGGCCUGUAUAAGUACGCCUACUGCGUCUCCCCCACCCCUGAAUAAUCCGCCAUUAAAGUGCUCGCAGAGGCCUCUCUGACACCCCCACCAACACCGGAGGCCACCAUGACCAUCCGAAACAUGUCUUCCCUCUUGUCCAUGGCCCUCCGAUCGUCCAAAUUUGGAUCUCUAGGAAGGCCUUUUACAAAUGCCAUCCGAAGUCGUGCAUUUGGUACUGCUGCUGCAGCUGAAGAACCAAUAGUGCCCCCUGUUCAAGCAAAUUUGACACAGCUCCUAAUUGAUGGUCAAUUUGUUGAUUCUGCAUCAGGUAAGACGUUUCCCACACUUGACCCUAGAACAGGACAAGUUAUUGCACAUGUUUCUGAAGGGGAUGCAGAAGAUAUCAACAGGGCUGUAGCUGCAGCUCGCAAGGCAUUUGAUAAGGGACCUUGGCCAAAAAUGACCGCCUAUGAAAGGUCACAAGUACUUUACAGAUUUGCAGAUCUUAUUGAAAAGCACAAUGAUGAACUUGCAGCUCUUGAAACUUGGGAUAAUGGGAAGCCUUAUGAGCAGGCAUCCCAAAUUGAAGUUCCAAUGCUAGUCCGACUUAUGCGAUACUACGCUGGAUGGGCAGAUAAGAUCCAUGGUCUCACAGUUCCAGCUGAUGGAAGUUACCACGUGCAAACCUUGCAUGAACCCAUUGGAGUUGCUGGACAGAUUAUCCCGUGGAACUUUCCACUUCUUAUGUAUGCUUGGAAGGUCGGACCUGCUUUAGCUUGUGGGAAUAGCAUUGUACUAAAGACUGCAGAGCAGACGCCUCUCUCUGCUCUUUAUGUGUCAAAUCUGCUUCUUGAGGCUGGGCUUCCUCCUGGUGUUCUGAAUGUAAUUUCUGGGUUUGGACCAACAGCUGGAGCAGCGCUAGCUAGUCACAUGGAUGUAGAUAAGAUAGCCUUCACUGGAUCCACUACUACUGGGCAGAUUGUGCUUGAGCUAGCAGCAAAAAGCAACCUCAAGUCUGUGACUUUGGAGCUUGGAGGGAAAUCACCUUUCAUCAUAUGCGAAGAUGCUGACAUUGAUGAAGCUGUCGAGCUUGCCCAUUUUGCUCUGUUUUUUAACCAAGGGCAAUGCUGCUGUGCUGGAUCUCGGACAUUUGUGCAUGAACGAGUCUAUGAUGAAUUUGUAGAGAAAUCUAAAGCUCGAGCUGCCAAGCGUGUGGUUGGCGAUCCAUUCAAGAAGGGUGUUGAACAAGGGCCUCAGAUUGAUGUGGAGCAGUUUGAGAAGGUCUUGAGGUACAUAAAAUCUGGUAUUGAACAUGGUGCCACUCUGGAAGUAGGGGGUGAAAGGAUAGGUGACAAGGGCUACUACAUCCAGCCAACAAUAUUUACCAAUGUCGAGGAAGACAUGCCAAUCGUGACCGAUGAAAUUUUUGGUCCAGUGCAAACUAUCUUGAAGUUCAAGGACUUAGAUGAGGUGAUACAUAGAGCAAACAGGACCCCGUAUGGGCUGGCUGCAGGUGUGUUCACAAAGAACCUCGACACCGCUAACACCCUUAUGCGGGCUCUGAGGGCAGGGUCUAUUUGGAUCAAUUGCUUUGACGUUUUUGAUGCUGCAAUUCCUUUUGGUGGGUAUAAGAUGAGUGGUCUUGGUAGGGAGAAGGGGGUUUACAGCUUGAGCAACUACUUGCAAGUCAAGGCUGUUGUGACACCAUUGAAGAAUCCAGCUUGGCUGUAGUUCUUUGCUUAUGCCUUUGAUGUGUAGAGGGUUUUUCUGGGGUGACCCGGUGAACUUACUGAUGAAGAAAUAAGAUCAGUAGAUUAUCCUGUA